AUGCGGAGGCGCGGAAUCGCUCACUUUACUUCGGCAGGCAUCGCCAGCCGCACGACCCAGAUUGGUGCUCGAUCGUUCGAGGGCAUUCGAAGGGGCCUUUACUCCACCUCUGCGCAGCUGGCAGAACUUGAUCACAACAAGCUCGUCAUCGACCGAACGAAGGCGCCUAAGCCCAAGAUCCCCAAUGAGCAGCUGGUCUUCGGCACCCAGUUCAGCGACCACAUGCUCACCGUCGAGUGGGACAAGGAGAAGGGAUGGGACAAGCCCCACAUCAAGCCCUACCAGAACCUAUCGCUCGACCCGGCCUCCUCCGUCUUCCACUACGCGCUCGAGUGCUACGAGGGCAUGAAGGCGUACAAGGACGCCAACGGUAAAGUCCGUCUCUUCCGCCCCAUGGAAAACAUGAAGCGUUUCAACCGGUCCUGCUCCCGCCUCGUUCUCCCCACCAUCAAGGAGGAGGAGCUGUUGGAGUGCAUCAAGGAACUGGUGCGAAUCGACAAGGACUGGGUGCCCCAGGGCAAGGGCUACUCCCUGUACCUCCGACCGUGCAUGAUCGCCACACAGAACUUCCUCGGCGUGGCCCCAACGGGCAAGGCGCUCUGCUUCGUCAUCCUGUCGCCCGUCGGACCCUACUACCGCAGCGGCACGUCCUCCCUGCCGGUGCGACUGAUCGCCGACACCAAGUUUGUGCGCGCCUGGCCCGGUGGUACGGGCAACUCCAAAGUGGGCGGAAACUACGGCCCGACGGUGCUGUCACAGAAGGAGGCGGAAAAGAUGGGGUACAACCAGAUCCUGUGGCUCUACGGCCCUGACCACCAGGUCACUGAGGUGGGCACCAUGAACAUGUUCGUCGCCUUCCAGCACAAGAACGGCGAGAAGGAGCUGGUGACUGCGCCCGCGACUUCCGAGGGCGUGGUACUCUCCGGCAUCACGCGAGACUCGAUCAUCCAGCUCGUCAAACAGCUCCCCGGCUGGCGCGUCACCGAACGGCCGUACACGAUGAAGGAAAUCGUGGACGCGCACGACGAAGGGCGACUCAUUGAAGCCUUUGGCUGUGGAACGGCUGCUGUCGUGUCGCCCAUCCAGGCGAUCGGCUACAAUGGCAAGGAAAUCUCGUUCCCUCUUGGGAACAGCGGGCAGGCGGGCAACCUGACACAACACCUGGCCGACACGUUGGCCGCCAUCCAAUACGGCGAGGUUCCGCACGACUGGUCCAUCGUCAUCGACUAA